GUCAGCUCUGCACUUUCAAAAACACCCUGAAUAUCUGUCGGUUUCUCUCUUAACCUGCCAUCACUAACUACAUUCUAUAAUGAAAUUAUUCUCACUACCCCUCCUCUCUUUAUUUCCUGUGUGUAUUACUCAGACACAGAACAGAAGCAGCUUUCAUUAGUAGGCUAUAUAGUGGUAAAUUGGUUCUUGAAUGUAUAUCCAUCUAGAUCUGUCAUAGGAUAAUAUAGUGGGUACAUAUUUUCCGGGAGAAAUCCAAGAAGAUAAAAGGGUCAGAAUAUGGACAGCUGCUUUUUUAUUACUGUACUUACUAGCAUUUCUUCUAAGCUUUUAUAUGGAUCUGGUAAGUUAGGUUUGCCUAUGCAGCUGAGCAUAACUGAUGCAUUUAUGAAUAGUACUAUUCUAAAAUCUUGUUAGCUGUUAAACCAGCUUAAAUUUGAUUAAGGAACUAUAAUUUCCAAAUUAGUAGGUUUUAGUUACAGGGUCAUUUUCAGUGGGAAUAUCACAAGGUGAAAAAGCACAAGAAUAUGAAAAAGGGAAUUUUAAGCAGUAAGAUAAGGCGUUGGAAUCGUGAGCAAACAGCAGAAGAGAAGAGAAGGGGAAAAAGGGGGUCCAUGUUCUGAUCACGUGCUGCUGCCUCAUCUUUAAGAAGAUAGAAAUAGUACAAAACAAUUAAGCGUUACUUUUCGAGCCUGUUCUUUUCAACUUCACUAUCUAUCUAUCUAUCUCUUACCAAGAUUCAUCCCCAUUUUUGCUUGUGUUGUGCUUUAGAGGCAAACAUCAAUUCUGGAUUUAUCACAUGAUAAAGAAUUUAUACUUCAAGUGAACCAACUUAGUGCAAGAAGCUGCUGAGGAGAAUGGAUAUCGACUACGGGAAGUGUUGGGACACUUCAAAGAAAUCUUGGAAGAGUACACUGAUUCUGGCAUACCAAAGUCUUGGGGUAGUGUAUGGGGAUCUCAGUAUUUCCCCUCUCUAUGUCUACAAGAGCACAUUUGCAGAAGACAUUCAUCAUUCCGAGACCAACGAAGAGAUUUUCGGCGUUCUUUCUUUCGUUUUUUGGACUUUAACCUUAGUUCCUUUGUUCAAAUAUGUCUUUAUCGUACUUCGAGCUGAUGAUAAUGGAGAGGGUGGUACUUUUGCUCUCUAUUCCUUAAUAUGCAGGCAUGCCAAAGUAAGCCUUCUUCCGAACAGACAAGUUGCCGAUGAAGCUCUUUCUACCUACAAACUUGAGCAUCCUCCCGAGACAAAGAAUAGCUCAAGGGUGAAGUUGCUUCUUGAGAAACACAAAUUCUUGCAUACUGCUUUGCUUAUCUUGGUGCUUCUUGGCACUUGUAUGGUCAUUGGAGAUGGACUGCUUACCCCAGCCAUAUCUGUUUUCUCUGCAGUUUCUGGCCUUGAGUUAUCAAUGUCUCGGGAUCACCAUCAAUAUGCAGUGAUUCCAAUAACUUGCUUCAUAUUAGUCUGUCUGUUUGCGUUACAACAUUAUGGCACACAUCGAGUUGGUUUUUGUUUUGCACCAAUUGUGUUGAUCUGGUUACUCUGCAUUAGUGCUCUUGGAUUAUACAACAUUAUCCACUGGAAUCCACUUGUUUAUAAAGCUCUUUCCCCCUGCUACAUGGUAAAGUUCCUGAAGAAAACAAGAAAAGGAGGAUGGAUGUCUUUGGGUGGAAUUCUCCUCUGCAUAACUGGGUCUGAAGCAAUGUUUGCUGAUCUUGGGCAUUUCUCAUAUUCUGCAAUUCAAAUUGCAUUCACCUUUCUGGUUUAUCCAGCGUUAAUUUUGGCAUAUAUGGGUCAAGCAGCUUUCUUAUCAAAGCAUCACCACACCAUUCACAAGAUUGGUUUCUAUGUAUCAGUUCCAGAUUGUGUGAGAUGGCCAGUGCUAGUAAUAGCAAUUCUGGCUUCCGUUGUGGGAAGUCAGGCAAUCAUCAGCGGAACAUUCUCAAUUAUCAACCAGAGUCAAUCUCUUGGCUGCUUCCCAAGAGUCAAGGUUGUUCACACCUCUGCCAAAAUACAUGGCCAGAUAUACAUUCCCGAGAUCAAUUGGAUACUCAUGAUUCUUUGUGUUGCUGUGACUAUUGGAUUCAGAGAUACAAAGCACAUGGGAAAUGCGUCAGGACUAGCAGUGAUGGCGGUGAUGCUGGUGACCACUUGCCUUACUUCAUUAGUUAUCAUCCUCUGCUGGAACAAGCCUCCAAUACUGGCCCUUGGAUUUCUCCUUCUGUUUGGAUCUAUUGAGUUACUCUACUUCUCAGCCUCCGUCAUUAAGUUUCUUGAAGGCGCUUGGCUUCCAAUCCUGCUUGCACUCUUUUUGGUUACUGUCAUGUUUGUUUGGCAUUAUGCCACAGUUAAAAAGUAUGAAUAUGAUCUCCAUAAUAAGGUUUCAUUAGAAUGGCUGCUGGCACUAGGUCCAAGCUUGGGUAUUACUCGAGUCCCUGGUAUCGGCCUCGUAUUCACUGAUUUGACUUCUGGGAUUCCUGCCAACUUCUCCCGUUUCGUUACCAACCUCCCCGCCUACCACCGCAUACUUGUUUUUGUGUGUGUGAAAUCCGUGCCUGUCCCUUUUGUGCCCCCCGCUGAGAGAUACCUUGUAGGCCGCGUUGGUCCUGCAGCUCAUCGUUCCUAUAGAUGCAUCGUCCGUUAUGGUUACCGUGACGUUCACCAGGAUGUCGACUCCUUUGAAUCCGAACUGGUCAGUAGACUGGCUGAUUUCAUCCGGUAUGAUUGGUACAAGACACACGGAGUCAUAGACGAGGAUGACGGCUCACGGUCUGGUGCAUCAUCGGGAGAAUGCAGACUGACCGUUAUAGGAACUCUGGCUUUCUCAGGCACAGCAGCUUUCGAGCUCGAGGACAAUGUGCAACCGGCAAGUGUGUCUGUCGGGUUCCCUACAGCUGAAAGUGUGACGGAUGUCAUCGAGAUGCAACCAGUGGAAAGAAGAGUGAGGUUUGCCAUAGAUAAUGAGUCGGAAGUCGAUUCACGGGAAGAAAUGGAUGCUCAGCUGCAGGAGGAGCUAGAAGAUUUGUAUGCAGCACAACAAGCUGGGACAGCAUUUGUGCUAGGACAUUCACAUGUGAAAGCAAAACAAGGAUCAUCUAUGUUGAAGAGGUUGGCUAUUAAUUAUGGUUAUAAUUUCCUUAGGAGGAAUUGUAGGGGUGCAGAUGUAUCCCUCAAGGUGCCUCCAGCUUCCCUUCUUGAAGUUGGGAUGGUCUACAUUGUUUAAGUUGUAUUAGACCAACCACGCAUCACACUUUCCUCGUAUAGCUUUGUAUCUUAUUAGAGAGGUAAAUGUAAUUAUGCAGAUUACUGAAGUUAAAUCAUUUUGAUCGCUUCUCCA